GGUAUAUUUAUAUAGGUAUACUUACAUUUACAAUUAUGUUAAUAUUUAUAUUUCUAUAGCAUAACAAUAAAAUAAAAAUAUGUAUAUGCUUGAAGAAAUUACAUAUAAUACCCAUAUAGGUAGGUUGUUCUACAAAUAAUACUAAUUUACAUACUAAAGAAUUUACUUAGGAUCAGAUUAACUGUCACAUAAUUUAUGAAAAGGUUUUUCUAAAGAAAAUUUAAAUCAGAUUAUAUAAAUAGGUGGAAGAUUUUUUAUACAUAAUUUUAUUCAUAUUGCUUUACAAUAAUGUGUUUGUUAUGGAAAUUACAUGAUUAAGAAGGUCUGUUAGGUAUUAUAAAAGAUAUAUGAAUGAUUAAAUAUGAGAAUAUAACCAAGAUUGAACCAAGUAUAAAAUGGAAUGUUUUAUGAGAGAAUAUUUAGUUUGUUGAAAUGCAUUGCCCAGAGCAGUAUAUUAAAGAUAAUGGUCUGCAGCGGAAGGAUGCCAAGGAUAUCUCAAACACAUAUAUAAAAAAAAUGGUUUGGAAAUCUAAUGAAAUAGUGUUAGAUAUAGGAUGUGGACCAGGGGAUGUAACCUCAGAUAUUCUUUAUCCUUUAUUAAAGAAUAAGAUCAAUCAGUUGGUUGGCGUUGAUAAAUCAAUAGAAAUGGUAGAAUAUGCUAAAAAAACAUAUGGAUGCUCUAAGAUAGAUUUCAAAGUUCUGGAUAUUGAAAAUGCCAAUGACUGCUCUUUUUAUUCACACAAAUUCAACAAAAUAUUUUCAUUUUUCUGUUUUCACUGGGUUCAUAAUAAAGUUGAUUCCUUGCGUAAUAUGCAUUUAAUGUUGAAAAGUGGUGGAGAAAUUUUGUUAAACUUCUUGUUUAUCAAUCCAUUAGUUGAAUUAUAUAAAUGUAUGGAUGUAGAAUGGCAAAAAUAUAUUAAAGAUUUAAAACAAAUGUCGUAUGAUUUGUAUUCACAAGAUGAAAUAAGAGAAAUUUUUAUCAAGGCUGGAUUUCGAAUUAUAAAUUUAGAAUCAAGUAUCAAAAAAUACACAUUUCCAGACUUCUCAUCACUUUUGAAUGCCGUUAAAGCAGUAGAUGAUAUGUACAAUAUUUUGCCACAACAUUUACAUGACAGAUAUUCCAUACAUGUUAAAGAUAAAAUAUGUGAGACACAAAGGGUUGAAAUAUGUCCAAUUACAGGAAUAACAAUCAAACCAUAUAUUACUAUUACUGUGCAUGCUAUCAAAGAUUAAAAUUUAAAACAAGAAUAUUAAAUAUUAUAAUAGUUUUUAGGUUACUUUAUAACUGGGUUUUAUUUAAUAAUUAAAAUAAUAAAGUGAAAUUUCAAUAUUUACUCUAAGAGUAUUUCUUGGGAACACAUUUUUACAAAAAAUCAGUUGUAUUAGGGUGUCUUGCUGAACAAAAAGAAAAUCAGUUGUUCCCGAGAAAUAUUUUUAACGUACAUUGAAUAUAUUAUAUUAUAUGAGAAAUAUAACAAUUUGAUAUCCUCACUUACCUAACUUUAUUAAAACAAUUGAUAAACUAA